AUGGACGUUUCAUAUACAAAUCUCAAGAUCUCCAGAGGCUCUCCAACCGUGAUUGGCAUCAUUGCCAUAUUGCUGGAGGUGCUUUCGUUCAAGACAAACUUUGGAAGAGAUAGACUACACGCUGGACUAGGGAUUGUUCUCACACUGUGCAGUGCUCUUGUCUCAGUCGAGGUUGACGAGCCUAUCCAGACGCCGAGUCUCGAACAGAAGAGCAUACUAAGCGAGUUGUUUGAACAUGAGGAUACACGUGCGAUAUUCUCGUACCUUUUGCUAAACACACUGUUCAUGUUUGUACAGUUCUUGUACUCGUUUAGAUCCAAAUCAUUGGGGCUCUUGUCUGAUUCUUUGCACAUGGCAUUGGAUUGCACUUCGUUAGCCCUCGGAUUGGUGGCAGGGGUGUUGGCAAAGAGACCUGCUAGUGAGAAAUUCCCCUUUGGUUUAGCAAGAAUUGAAACACUUGCAGGCUUCGCCAAUGGUGUUCUAUUGGUGGGUAUCGUUGCUGGAAUCUUUAUUGAGGCUACUCAGAGAAUCGUGCACCCUGUGACUUUGGAGAAAACCGGUGAGUUGUUGGUGGUUUCAUUCUUAGGGUUUGUGGUGAAUAUCAUUGGUAUAUUUGCUUUCAACCAUGGUCAUUCACACGGUCAUAGCCAUGACCACUCACACACUCACGGUCAUUCACACACUCAUGGAGACGACGCUGGUGAAAACGAAAACAUGAAGGGUAUCUUCUUGCACAUAUUAGCUGAUACGCUUGGAUCAGCAGGUGUUGUUGCGUCAACUAUACUCACAACGAUCUUCCAUACCAGCGUAUUCGAUCCUAUUGCCUCUUUGUUCAUCGCAGUGAUGAUUUUCUUCAGUGCGUUACCCUUGAUUGGCUCCUCUGCGUCGAACCUGUUGCUGUCAUUAGGGGACAAGAAGGAAGAACUCAUGAGAGAUAUACUGAGUCAGAUCUCCAACACACCUGGCGUGGUUGGCUAUACAACACCGAGGUUCUUUGUCUCCUCGGAUGUUAAGACAACCACGGUGGUGACCUCUGGUGUUUCCCAGAGUGUUCAGGUCAAUCAGUCGCACGAGACGCAUUCCCAUGAUCAUGCCAGCCACUCCAAUGAGCACUCCCACGAGCACUCCCACGAGCACUCCCAUGACACCAACACCCAGUGCGAACCAACAGUAGCCCCGUCGCUAGUUGGGUACAUCCAUAUCCAAUACACCGAGGGCGAGAACUCUACGAUUAUCAAGAAACGGGUCCAGAGGAUCUUUGAAAACAACAACGUCUACGCCAUCAUCCAAGUGGAGAACGAGAAGUCCACGUGCUGGUGCAGGAACAGCUGA